AUGAGUGUUAACAAAGGAAAGGUUCACUUAAGGAAAACGUUUCUAAAUUACGAACUCACGCCAAGACAGGACGUUAUAAUAAAUUAUUUCAUUCCUUCAGUUUGUUCUUUCCUACUGUAUGUUUUUUUGUUUGCAAGUGACUGUGCUGUGGUGUUCAGACACUACAAGGAUAAUGAUCCCAUAUGGGCCUCCGUCACUUUAUUUAUUAUUUAUUUUCCCUCACUUUGUUCAUACAUUGUGCUAACAUCAUCAUGGGAAUUGUGGCCCGAAAUGGAAGGCUGUGGGUGUGAUAAUUUCUUGUGGUGGUUGAUUAAAACUUUGGAACAUUUAUUAUUCCCAAUCUGGGCUGUCUGGAGAUACGCCGAACGAAUUUUCUGGUCAAUUGAAGGAAUGCGUUCAGAUGAUGAAAAAUACAUUUCCGAAGCAAUAGAAACAGUCACAGCACCACGCUCCAUCGAAUUGUAUUUCUUUUUCCAAGCUUUUUUACAAUCAUUGCCGCAAAUGUUACUCCACAUAAACAUAGUAAUGAGACAAACUCAAGACACGAAUAAACAAACCACCGAUGCCGAAAUCUUAAGUUUUGCGUUUAAUCUGGCCAAAUUAUCAGCAACUGUGGCGUUUUACCACCGAUUCAAGACCCAAAAGUUGGCGGGAAAGCAGUACCCUUGGUUUAAAGCUUACAAGAAGCCUGGCAUUGAUCAAGUCGAUUCACUUUUAAAACCUGCUCCUGUAGAACCCCAAACGAAAAAUAUCGAAGACCCUGUUAUAUCAGAAAGUCGACGGAGCAGCGGUUCUUACAUGGAGCCUUCAACAGGACCGUUAAAUGAUCUGAAAGAAGUCCCCGGAACCCUUAGAGAAACUUCAGUCAUUGAUGGCCCCCUACGCAAAUUAUACCAAGAAACUUCGGAACCAGAUUUUAACGUUAAACGCGUUGCAGAAAUCAAGGGACUCCCCGAAGAUGAUUUAGCGGGAAAACUUGUGGCGUUUUGUUGGUGGUCGUGUUUCUUGCUAGUGAGAAUCUUAGCGAUCUCUGCUUUCUUUUUCUUUUAUCCUGAUGCUACAAUUUGGUUGCUGUUCGCACAUUUUCUGAUAGUCAUUGCUUUUUUAAUUUAUGAUGUCAAAAGUGAUGAAGUUAAAAGAGCCAAAGCUUUAUUUUUUGUCUUUAUAGGGCUUAUUUACAUUUUUUGUAUUAUCGAGUUUAAAAUCAAGUUCAAGAAGACGAAAUUUAUGUAUUAUGGUUAUUUCUCGUUGGUCUUUCUUCAAAAUUUCGCCAUGUGUCUCGUGUGGUGGACGCAUAACGUUGAAGAUAUGGAGAGCGAUUUUUGGUUCAGAUAUAUCUUUUACAUUGUUGUUGUUGGCUCCAUUAUCAGCGUUAUGUCCAUGAUAUUGUAUUUAAAUAUAAAUAAACCAGAGAAAAUUGUGGUUGCUAAAAGAAUCUUAUAAUAGAUUUCUAAAGUUAUACAACUAACUCAAAAAAUUUGUAGCGCUACUCUUGUGAUUUUGUUUAUUUGUAUUUUAUUUUUGUACUUGAUUAAAGUUUUACAUCAAAA